CAGGUUUGGUCUGUACUCCGUGAGUGAGCCACAAACACGCUCCACGACCAUCAUUGAGAUGUUUGGAAGUAUGCUAGUAGGAGCGUGGCUGCUUAUCCAUCACCAUUGCUGCGCUCUAGGCGAAGAAGAGAUGAGGUUAAGGAACCCACUUCUAGUUGACACUCUUACCCGCCGGAGUACUCUUGAAAAGAACUUUAUGAGAUUUGGGCGUUCUUCUGGAGGAGUCGAACGUUGUCAACCGAGUCCUAUGGAUCUACCUGAGGGUGAAGAACCACUGAGCAAUGAGAAGCGUGCCAGGAAUCCGCUGUCUUUAUCGGCGAAGGCCAACUUCAUCAGAUUGGGUCGAGCUAAGGACAAUUUCAUGCGUUUCGGAAGAGGCAACGAGAACUUCAUGCGAUUCGGCAAAUCCAAGGACAACUUCAUGAGGUUCGGCCGCGGUAAGGACAACUUCAUGAGGUUCGGAAGAUCGGAGAGACCUGUCCAGAGGUCUGGCCGUGGAAGAAGCCGAGACUUCGAAGAUGGGUUCAUCCGGUUUGGCCGGUCCCUUCCCUCUCCCUUCCAUCCCGGCUUCAUCAUCGGACCUGAACUCACCCUCCUCCCACCCCUAGUGCUGCAACAAAGAAACGAUAACAGUGCCGACAACAUGAUCCGUCUUGGUUGAAUACUAUCGCAAUAUAUCUUAUAAUAUAGUCAUAUAAUGAAAUAAAACAUAUGCA